GUUUUGCAUAAUUGCAUCUAAAGCUUGGUUCAUUUGAAAAAUUGAAGAUACGAGCUGGUAUUCUAGACUUCGUCCAUCCUAUUCCUUCCCCCCUCUUCGCUCACUUGGGAAGCAAAGCAAAUCCCAGAGUUGCAGAGAACUGGAGGAGAGAGAUUGAAGACGAGAUAGUAUCAAAAACUCAAAAAUGGACGAUUACACAAGAGAAAUGAUGGACCUUAAAACCCUUGUCACCCGUACUCUCGAGAAGAAAGGAGUUCUCGCUAAGAUCCGAGCUGAGCUCAGAGCUAGUGUUUUUGAAGCGAUUGAGGAGGAGGAUCGGGUUGUUGAGAAGGAUGAAGGUUUGCCUCCAGCACUAUUGGGUAGUUGCAAUGAUCGAGCGAAGCAACUUCAUGCUUCUCCGUCAGGGAGACUUUUGACUGCUCUCAUAUGUGAAUACAUGGACUGGGCACAGCUAAAUCACACGCUAAAAGUGUAUCUUCCAGAGUGUAAUUUGCCGAAAGAUUUCUGGAAGGCUGAGUUAAAAGAAUUCAGCAGCAAGAAUGGAUAUGAUCUUAGCAGGAACGGAGAAAGUGGUCCUGUGCUAUUAGACGUUCUUGAAGGAUUUUUAAAGUUUGAGAAUUUAUCCCAAGUGAGAGGCAGUGGAAGGAGAUUGGGUACUGACAAUGAGUCUUCAUCAAACCCAGAGCCUCGCAACGUGCGAAGACCAUCAUCAUCGUCAGCCGUUGCUGGAGGCUUACCACCUUUAGUGAGGUCACUCCCGGGGUCUCAGACGUCUGAGAGGAGAGCAGGGUCUUCUACUUCUAGUUACAGGAAAGAUGAUUACAACUGGAGAUAUGAAGGUGAUGAAUUGCCAGAGGAUGUGAUUCGUGCUUCAGCUGCUAUGGAAAACUUACAAUUGGAUAGAAAAACUCGGAAUCUAACUUCUUCAUGGAGGCAUGGUGGGGAUGGGUCCGCUGAGGAUGAUGGAGUAGAUCACAUGUAACCAGCUUUUAACACACUUGUUCUUGUAGUUUACGUCUAUGUUUGUGCUCCACCUGCGAGUAUCAUUGUGAUUAAUUUAUUCAGCUAGUGAAUUUUAAGAUCAUAUAUUUGGUUAAUUGCCAUGUAAUUUCUUUCUAUUGUUUUUGGUGUGUUUUUUUUCCAAUCUAAUUUAGAUUGAGGCUCCCUGCCAUUGAAUUUAUUGUAGCUCUUUUGUUGUUUCUUUUCCUGCCUAAAGUGUUGAGCUCAUUAUAUUUGCA